CUAGCAGCUCAUGCAGCCAGCUAGCUAGCAAGUGGUUUGCUCUUAGGGUAACAGAGGAGGAAAUUGCUCCCCGUCUGAUAAGACAGCAGGCAAGAAAGGACGCAUGCUGUUACAAAGGAAUACGGCUGAUUUCCAGAUAUGACCAUGUAUUUGUGGCUUAAGCUUUUGGCCUUUGGCUUUGCCUUUCUGGACACAGGAGGUAUUGCUGCAGAGACAUCUGAGCCUCCGACCACCACUGGACUGAAGACAACAGAAAAGCCCAUGCCUCCAAAUGCCCCCUCACCUGCUCUCACCACUGCAUUCUCACUCGCAAGCACCUCUGACAGAGAAAACUCCUCAGAGACCACACCUCCUCCCAGCCCAGGCAAUAGUUCUGCUGAAAUACCCCUGAGCACUUUGGAUGUUACCACGGCACAGACACUUCACCUUUCCACGCACGCAAUCUCGCAGACGCCCCCUACUGGAUCUUACCCGCAGACACCCAGCAGCGCAGCUGCCCUUACCUCACUCGCACACACCCCUGCCCAGGGUGGGAAUGCUUCUUCAGGUGGCCCUGGAGUGAGGAUUGCAACCAGUACUCUUCCUGCAGCCACAGAGACCACACCACUAGCCACCCCCAGUCCUGCACUCAGCAGCCCAGCUGCCUUACCUCCACGCAUCUCCAACACCACCUCCAGUGUUAACACUUCAGAUCUCUCCACUCCAUCCACUCUGAGCACUGCAGCAAGCACUUCCGUAAUAGCUCCUUCUAAGAGACCAUGUGGUGAAGAAUAUGGGAAUAUCUCUGUGACCUACACUUAUGACAGUACAAGUGGUUUUUAUACUGCAAAACUUAAUGUUUCGGCUGAAGUGAAUUGUAACCUUUCAUGUGUACAAAACGAGAUCAAGAACCUAUCAUCAUGUUAUGAAGCCUCUGUUGCAAUACAUAGUGACUCCUGUACUCAACCAUAUAACUUAACAAUAACUGUACCACCUGCUCCUAAAAUUUUUAACUUGAUUGAUUGUACAGUGGAUGAAAUAGCAAAUAUUUCUAUUUGUUUAGAAUGGAAAGAAAAUAACUUUAAUUGUACAAGACAUAAAAUAUACUACAAAUUUCAAUGUAAUGAAGCAAGUGUUUCUUCCGAAAACUCUGAAAAAAAAUUUCCUUCAAAGUUUGAGAGUUCAAGCUUUAGGCCUGAAACUACAUACAUUUGUAAUUCACAAGUGUUGUAUAAUGGCCAAGUUGUCACUACUGGAAAUAAAACUAUUACAACAGACAUUGGAGUUCCAGAUACACCUUCAUAUCUGAAUAUUACUGAAGUAAAUCAAACAACAAUAAUUACCUGGACCCCCACUUCAGCUCAUGGUUUUUAUAUUUGUUAUUUGCCUUCAGAUAAUCGUGAAGUUCCAAAGUGCCAGGUUUUGGGCAUAGAGAUAUCUCAUAAUAUAUCUGGACUGUUACCUUAUAAAGACUAUUUGGUAUCACUGCGUGCCUUCAACAAGGGAAAAGUGUUCCGAAAUGGAACUGUUACAAAACGUGAAUUUAAAACUAAUCCUGCAGAGCCAGGAGAGGUCAACAAAUGGGACAUUAGUUUAAAGUCAGAUAACAGCCUAAGUGCUACUUGUGAACAUCCUGAAAAAGUUAAUGGUCCUGUGAAUGGAAGAUUCUAUAUGAUUGUUAAAAAAGGAAGUGAUGUGAUUGCAAAUAAAUCAGAAGACACAUGUAAAUUUUUACAAGAAGGCCUUCAAUAUUCAACAGAGUAUACUGUUGUGGUGUAUUACCACAAUGGAGUCUAUGGUGGAAAACAAGUGAGAAAAAAUGUAACAACAAAUUAUAAUACUACUGCACUGAUUACAUUUCUGGUAUUUCUGAUUGUUGUGACAUCAAUAGCCCUGCUUAUUGUUCUUUAUAAAAUCUAUGAUCUACAUAAGAGAAGAUCCAGCAAUUUAGAUGAACGUCAUGAACUUAUUGAAAGGGAUGAUGAGAAACAGCUGAUGAAUGUGGAGCCAAUACAUGCAGAUGUUUUGUUGGAAACUUACAAGAGAAAGAUUGCUGAUGAAGGAAGAUUAUUUCUGGCUGAAUUUCAGAGCAUUCCACGGGUGUUCAGCAAGUUUUCUAUCAAAGAGGCCCGAAAAAGUGUGAAUCAAAACAAAAACCGUUAUGUGGACAUCCUGCCUUAUGAUUAUAAUCGGGUUGAACUCUCUGACUUAAAUGGAGAUACAGGGUCAAACUAUAUAAAUGCCAGCUAUGUUGAUGGUUUGAAAGAACCCAGGAAAUACAUUGCUGCACAAGGUCCCAGGGAUGAAACCGUUGACGAUUUUUGGAGGAUGAUCUGGGAACAGAAAGCCACAGUUAUUGUCAUGGUCACUCGAUGUGAAGAGGGAAACAGAAACAAGUGUGCAGAAUACUGGCCAUCAAUAGAAGAGGGAACCCGGACUUACGGAGACAUUACUGUAAAGAAUCAUGAACAUAAAACAUGUCCAGAUUACAUCAUUCAGAAGUUGAACAUUACAAACAAAAAAGAAAGGACAUCUGGAAGAGAGGUGACUCACAUUCAGUUCACCAGUUGGCCAGACCAUGGCGUGCCUGAGGAUCCUCAUCUGCUCCUCAAGUUGCGGAGGAGAGUAAACGCUUUCAGCAACUUCUUCAGUGGCCCCAUCGUGGUGCACUGCAGUGCCGGUGUUGGACGCACGGGGACCUACAUUGGAAUCGAUGCCAUGCUGGAAGGCCUGGAGGCGGAGAACAAAGUCGAUGUUUAUGGUUAUGUCGUCAAGCUAAGGAGACAGAGGUGCCUGAUGGUUCAAGUGGAGGCACAGUAUAUUUUGAUCCAUCAGGCCCUUGUGGAAUACAAUCAGUUUGGGGAAACAGAAGUGAACUUGUCUGAACUGCACCCAUAUCUAUGUAACAUGAAGAAAAGAGAACCUUCUAGUGAACCUUCUCCACUGGAGGCUGAAUUCCAGAGACUACCUUCAUAUCGCAGCUGGAGGACACAACACAUUGGAAACCAAGAGGAAAACAAAAGUAAAAACAGGAGUUCUUAUGUCAUUCCAUAUGACUUUAACAGAGUGACACUUAAACAUGAACUGGAAAUGAGCAAAGAGAGUGAGCAUGAUUCAGAUGAGUCUUCUGAUGAGGAAAGUGACUCGGAGGAGACAAGCAAAUACAUCAAUGCAUCUUUCAUAAUGAGUUACUGGAAACCUGAAAUGAUGAUUGGUGCUCAGGGACCAUUGAAAGAAACCAUUGGAGACUUUUGGCAGAUGGUAUUUCAAAGAAAAGUCACUGUCAUUGUUAUGCUAACAGAGCUGAAAAAUGGAGACCAGGAAGUCUGUGCUCAGUAUUGGGGAGAAGGAAAGCAAAUGCAUGGAGAUGUAGAAGUUGAUAUGAAAGACACAAGCAAAUUUUCAACUUAUACCCUUCGUGUAUUUGAACUGAGACAUUCCAAGAGGAAAGACUCUAGAACUGUGUACCAGUACCAAUAUAAUAAUUGGAAUGUGGAAGAGCUCCCUGCAGAUCCCAAAGACUUAGUCUCUAUGAUUAAAGUUCUCAAACAAAAACUUCCCAAGAAUAAUUCCAUUGAAGGGAAUAAAUAUAACAGGAAUGUUCCUCUUCUUGUUCACUGCAGAGAUGGAUCUCAACAAACAGGAAUAUUCUGUGCUUUGCUAAAUCUCUUGGAAAGUGCAGAAACAGAAGAGGUGAUAGAUGUUUUUCAAGUUGUAAAAUCAUUACGCAAAGCGAGGCCAGGGAUGAUUCCCUCAUUUGAGCAAUAUCAGUUCCUGUAUGAUGUCAUUGCUAGUACCUAUCCAGCCCAGAAUGGCCAAGUGAAGAAAGGCAGCAAUCAGCAAGAUAAAGUUGAGUUUGAUAAUGAAGUGGACAACACAAAGCAGGAUGCCAAUUGUAUCAGUCCAGCCAGUGCCCCAGAGAAGACACCUGCAGGAACUAAAGAGAAUGAAAGUUCCAAGCCAACUAGCAGCACUGAGGAGGCAGAACCUUCUUCCAAUGGUCCAGCAAAUCCAGUUUUAACUCAAAAUGUAUAGGAAAAUGACAUAAAUGGGGCAACCUGAAACUGUUAUUUUUAUUUUUCUACAAAUAGGAGCAAUGUUGCAAUGUCUUGUAGAAGUACAUUGGACUUAAAACUGUUGGAAGUAUGUUUUUACUGCGGGAACAAAUAUUUAAGAUGAUUUUCCUAUGAAACCUUUUGUACAGACUGAUGCUUAUUUUAAAAUUUUAUCCAUCUUUUAGUGAAAAAUAUCUUCUUUAUAGUCUUUCCGUGUGUGUGUGUGUAUGUGUGUGUGUGUGUGUGUGUGUGUGUGAGAGAGAGAGAGAGAAAGAGAGACAGAGAUACAGAGAGGGGGUGCUUUCAAAUGAAUACAAAUGCUUUUGAGGAACGCCUUUGUUUUUGAAGAAAAAACACAUUUUGUAAUGAAUUGGAUAAAUUGAAUGUGAGUUAAGAAUAACAUGUACAUUUCUAGAAUGACCUCAAGAUGUCCCCCUUGUUCUACUCAUCUAUGUGUUAAUAGUUUGCUACUUUACUUCUGCAAUAGAUAUGAAACUAGUAUGUAUGUGAUAUACAAAUAAGUUAACUAAUUAAAUUUGAAACCUUAUAGUUCACAUGCCUUUAGUUCAGUAUCUUUCUAUGCUUAUUUAAUCUAAUUUAAAAUUUUUUGGAAAGUCUAUUUUGUUAGCUUUACCUGGUGUUUACAGUUUUGUAACAUGAAUUACUCUCUGCACAAUAUGUGAAAUUAAUUGAUUUUGACCAUAAAUUUUACCAUUAUUGCAACUGGACUGAAAUAAAUAUAUUUAAACAAAUGUAAUAUAAGUCAGUCCACAGGACAAAAAUUAUAAUCUUUCAAGUAUAUUUAUGCUAAAUAUUUACAUGUGAAACAUAGGAAGCUAUUUUUUUAUGGAAUACAGUAUUGAUUUGGACAAUAUCUUAAUUGCACAUUUUUCCAUGUCAGAAUGUGUCUUUUACUCUCAUUGAUCUACACUUAUUUUGAAUUUUUCAAAUACUUAAGCUGUUUUUUCCUUGAAUUUUUAUUAAUAAUCACAAUAAAUUUCAACUAUUGUCA